AAUCCUUAUUUUUUCCAAACUUUUGUAAUAACUUUCUCUCUCUAGUUUUCGUCGCCUCUCUCUCAAGAAAACAAAACAAAAUCAACAUGCCUCGCAGAAGCUCCGGUGGAAGGUCAUCUCGUGCAUCUGCUCGUGCUCCAGUUCGCAACCCCCCUGCACCAGUUAACCAUGCACCACCUCCCGCUCCUGUUCAGGGUGGCAAUGGUGGAUCAAUGCUUGGACGCAUUGGUUCAACCAUAGCUGAUGGGAUGGCUUUUGGUACCGGAAGUGCUGUUGCUCACAGGGCUGUGGAUGCUAUCGUGGGUCCUCGUACUAUUCAGCAUGAACAUGUUGGCACUGCUGCUCCACAGGCUGCCCCUGCUGCUGCCACAACAUCUUUCUCUGAUGCCUGUGGCACGCAUUCCAAGGCAUUCCAAGAUUGCCUUAACAGCUCUGGAAGUGACAUCAGCAAGUGCCAAUUCUACAUGGAUAUGCUGACAGAGUGCAGGAAGAACUCAGCCCUUGCAGUUUGAGUAAUUUGUUCUCACCGCCACAUGAUAUCUGAAACUUACAUUGAAUGUAUCUGUUAGGUAGUGGGUUAGUAUUUGGUGCUCACAUUUAGUACCAAUAAUUGAAUUGUGAUCUUGGAGAUAUGAAUUAAGAUUCGUUGCUUGCAAAUAAAUGACAUGGAUGCUUGUGUUA